GAAAGAGGCGUAAAACAUGGCUUGACUCGUAAACUUAUAGGAGUUUGCUGGUUAAGGACUGUAGGAGGAGAGGGUUGCUUAGGUGGGCUUCUUGCUUUCAAGCCGUCUUUCUCUACAAUUUUUUUGUUUCUUUUGGAUUACUAUCAUAUUUUCUUGGUCUUGGUCUUCUUAGUUUCAAACUCCUUAUAGACUAUCUCUCUUUGAAAAAAUUCCAUCUAGAGACAAGAGAUUACUCUUGUUUUUGUGGAAGUUUUCACAUUUUCUUUUUUAUUUUUAUCUGGGUUUUUUUUAAUAAUUAUUAUUGGUGUGAUGGAGGAGAGGUAUGAGCCAUUGAAGGAGCUUGGCACUGGGAAUUUUGGAGUGGCAAGGUUGGUGAAAGAUAAGAGGACAACAGAGCUUGUUGCGGUCAAAUAUAUUGAAAGAGGAAAGAAGAUUGAUGAAAAUGUUCAGAGGGAAAUCAUUAACCACCGAUCUUUAAGGCACCCAAACAUUAUCAGGUUCAAAGAGGUUUUAUUGACUCCAACACAUUUAGCUAUUGUCAUGGAGUAUGCUGCUGGUGGUGAACUCUUUGAGAGAAUAUGCAGUGCAGGUCGAUUUAGUGAAGAUGAAGCAAGAUUUUUCUUCCAGCAGCUAAUAUCCGGAGUCAGCUACUGUCAUUCCAUGCAAAUUUGUCACAGAGAUCUGAAACUGGAAAACACACUUCUGGAUGGAAGUCCAACACCACGUCUUAAAAUCUGUGACUUUGGUUACUCCAAGUCUGCUGUGUUGCACUCACAACCAAAAUCAACUGUUGGAACACCAGCUUAUAUAGCCCCGGAAGUCCUAUCACGAAAGGAAUAUGAUGGAAAGAUUGCAGAUGUUUGGUCCUGUGGUGUGACAUUAUACGUGAUGUUGGUAGGAGCAUACCCCUUUGAGGAUCCUGAAGAUCCUAGAAAUUUCCGUAAGACCAUUGGUAGAAUAAUGAGUGUCCAAUACUCCAUACCGGACUAUGUGAGGGUGUCUGCAGAUUGCAGAUAUCUUCUUUCCCAUAUCUUUGUUGCCGAUCCUGCCAAGAGGAUUACCAUCCCAGAGAUUAAGCAGCAUCCUUGGUUUCUGAAAAAUUUACCAAAAGAGCUGGUUGAAAUUGAGAAAACAAACUAUGCGGAAUCAGAACGUGGCCAACCAUCUCAAAGUGUUGAAGAAAUAAUGCGUAUCAUACAAGAGGCAAAGACACCGGCUGAAGGCGCCAAAGUUGGUGAACAAGCUGCUGCUGGGUCAUCAGACCCUGAUGAUGCUGAGGCAGCUUUAGAAUCUGAGAUUGAUGUCAGUGGUGAUUUUGAUGACCCUAUGUGAGCAUGGCCUUUGAAAUUGCUUCAAGAAGAUUUGUUAUUUCUAAGCUUGUAGUAUUUUUCGGGUUACAGUGUUGAUACGCUUUAAUCAGACUGGAAAUGCUGUACAGCAGACUUACAGUAGAGUGUGUUGCCUUGCAGGCAGCAAGAAACUUUUGUGGGUAUCAUAUAAUCAAUUGCUGUCCCAUAUUGUAAAUUUCACACUUUGUGAAACAUCUUGCAUAAGCAUAAACGGAUUUCAAAUCUUGCAUUAUUUUGUACUCCUUUGAACACUAACAAUGUUACAGUUUAUAUUUUGUAACCAGGAUGUAAUUUUGCACUU